AUGAGCUUGACUAAAAGUCUUUUUGGAAUCGGUGCGACUGAAGUACAUAGUAAGGUAGUACAGCUUAAGAAUCUUAAAUGUCAUGGAACGCUUAUGCGACAUAAGAGCCCCGAGACUCCCGUGUUUCUAUUUAACAGUUUUAAUUUAGAAAGUAAUCCUCUCGUUGACGUCCAUGAAUCUGAUAGUCUUAAAAUCCAGUUAGUGCUCGCGCAGGACACAUGCUACUUACCUGGAAUGUUUUCUAUCCAAGAAUCUUGCGCAGCAACUACAUCAACGGUUGGCCGUUCCGCGCUGGACCAGGAGAUGCUUUUACAGUCAAGAUCUGUAUUCACUGGGGCAGUUAUUAUAACAGUUAAGGGAUGUUCAGGAGUGCUGUUUCAAGAUUUAAAGGUGCAAUUAAGCGGAUACUCGUCUGAGUUUGUAUGUUUGACGCAAUUUGGGGAGCGGGUAGUGCGUCUGUUGAAGGAGGUUACUGAAGAGCAAAGCGCUGCGAUGAUGCCUAUGAUAAGGGACACGAUACAUUUUGAGACAAAACUUACGUUACUCUCGCCUGGUACCUACACCUAUCCAUUCAACUUUGUGCUUGACCCAUAUAAUUUUCACGCAUCGAUUGGAACACACCUUGGGUCAACCCAGUAUCGCGUUGAAUUUUCAUCUACAGUUAUGAAACAGAAAGGCCAUUACGAGACUAUAUUUCUAUCGAAAGCAGUUACUGUCAAGAAAACACUUCCGCCAGGGAACCUUUUAAAGUACGACUGUGUGGAGAGUCGGGGAACAUGGAGGAAUGGGUUGCUAGACUACGAAAUCUACUUGUCGACCAAGUUAAUAGAAUUCGACCAACCAUUCCAGUUUCACUUGAAUUUACUCAAGAGCGAUGUGCGGAAACUAUCUAUAAACCACGUAGAGGUUAUCUUAGAGCAGAACAUACUCAUCCCCUGCGUGAAAAAAAGGGACCUUAACCUGGAGGUGCCUAAAUCAAAAUCCUAUAUGGUAACAAACAUGUUCCUAUUAGACAAAAGGCAUGUAGGAAACGGUGGCACAAUGCAGCAUUUAUUACAGUUUUCAGAGCUCGUUGUGUCGUCCACCAAACAAAGUAUAGUCAUGAGCAAGUCACUAUAUCCAUAUUACUGUGAAGUUAACGACAGUCUUGGCAGCGAACGUUGCAAGUUAAAAAUUACGCACGUUCUCAAGGCCCAGAUAAGCUUAAAACUCAUGGAGCCCGGCUCCAAGUCUAUAAACAUGCUGAUUUGUUUAAAACUUCCUGUGAUUCUUGUUGACCAAGACAUGAGUAGCAGUCUACACUUGCCUCCAUACGAAGAAUGCAACUCUGAAAUAUAUGAAGGAAAUGAUGCCUUUUUAACGAAAACCUCGACAAGUCUCUCAGCGGCAACCACUAAUAAUGACCCAGAAUCACCUCCUUCUUAUAAUGAAAUCUUCGAUGCAUAUAGUUCUGCAACGAGUUCUACAGCUAGUUAUUAA